AUUGUUGUGAUAAACUUAUUAAAUAGGUAGUGAUUAUGGCUUCCGCAAUAUCAUUUGUGCCCUCGCGCAAGGGACCCUCUGGACUGUCGGUUAAUGGGGAGGAGAAACAGAGAUACGACCGAAUGUUCAUGAGUCUUCUGCCACCUGGAUCCCACCCCAAUCAGCUGGUUGGAGGGGACAAAAUGAAAGAGGUCUUCCUCAAGUCAGGACUGCAGCCUAAAGUGCUAGGAGUCAUAUGGGAGAAGUCUGAUCUGACGAAAGAUGGCAGCCUAGACAACAGGGAGUUCGCCAUCGCCAUGUGUCUCAUAGAACAUGUCCUCGGAGGAAACACUAUACCGCCAGUUGUGCCUCAACAGGUCAUCAAUAUGAACAUCCCACCACCGACUGUGUCUGCUCCAGUAGCUGGACCCACUCCUGCUCCUGGAGGCCCCCCACCUGGCCAGAUGCAAAACUCGCAAUCCGCAUUUGGUUUUGGCAAUGCUUUCAUUCCUGGCGCUCCGACUGGACCGCAGAGCGCAACAACGCUCCCUAGGCCCAUGGGUCCUGUUCCCCAAGUUCCUCAACACAAACCGGUGCCGGACCCACGAUUCUCAGCCACUAUGCCUCUAACAACCAACAGCGUUAUCGACUCUGCUUUUGGUCAACCUGCAUUCGGAGCUCCGCCCGUGAUACCUGCGCGCAACGAUGCCCCUGGACAACAGGCGAAUGCGUGGGCUUUCGGGACACCGCCACCGACUCAAGUGGCUCCGCAGAGGAAGGAUUCGUUGCCGAUUGGGAAUGCAUUCGGAGCUGCGCCUCCUGUGACUGAUUGGCUAGUUCCUGUAGCAUCUCGGGCCAAGUAUAGACAGCAGUUUACAUUGAGUGAUGUUGGCAAAACUGGUGCAAUCGGAGCAAAUGUGGCUCGCAAUCUACUUCUGCAAACAAAAGUGGACACCAACAUCUUAGCUCGCAUUUGGAAUCUGUCGAGCCUUCGUGGCCAGGCAAGUCUGAAUAGCGAGGAGUUUGUGCUGGCGAUGCACCUGUGUGACAUGGUGAAAGGAGGCGAGCAGCUGCCAGCUACUUUGCCUCCACUUCUAGUCCCUCCAUCAUUUAGAGAUCCUCGUGCUGUGAUUGGUCAAGCGCCAAUGGAUGUUACGAAUACAACCGGAGUUUCAUCGGCAGAAAACACUGCUGAUCAACAGGCGCAGAAACAACCCAUGCCAGUUUCAUUCGAAGAUAAAAGGAGACAGAAUUUCGACUUGGGCGAACAGGCUCUGGAACGAAAAAGGCAGGCAUUAUUGGAACAACAGAGAAGAGAAAAGGAAGAAAGAAUGGAAAAGGAGCGUCAAGAGGAAGAGCGCCGAGCUCGCGAGCGAGCUGAACAAGAACGAAAGCGUGCUGAACAAAUAGCCGAGCAGCAGCGUCGUUUGGACGAGGCACGAAAAGAGGCCGAAGCGAAAGCUCAAGCCGAACACGACAGACGAAUCGCUCUCAGUCUGGAGUCUCGGAUCGCUUCGGCUCGAAAUCAAAUGACGCAUUUGCGAAGUCAGAAUAGUCAAAUGGACAGUGACAUUCAAGUAUUGGCGUCAAAGAAAAGGUCACUAGACCAGCAGAUGGAGGAAACAAGGAAUAGUGAGAAUAUGGUGAGGAAUUCACUGAAUGAAAAGAAUCAGAAAUACGCUGAGAGACGGAAAGACUUGGAGAAGCUGCAGUUACAAUUACAGGAGUUUCAGAGAAAUCUGAAAACGUACUCGGAUAAAAAGAUGUCAAUCGCUGACCAACUCAAGCAGCAGGCACUCCGCAAUCCAAUUGAAGAGGCUCAAUAUGCAGCGGAACGACAUUCGCAGGCUAUGGCUUCGUUGGAGGCGGAAAAGCGAAAAGUGUCUAAUCUGAAACAGCAGAUCACAACUGCUGAAAAAGAGACAGCUGCAAAGUUCCACAAGAUAGACCUGCUGAACUCACAGAUUAACGAAUGCAAGGCUCUUUUGGCAAAGGGAGCGACGCAGAAUAACAUAAACAGCAUAGUCGCUAACCAAACGACCAAGCCGUCAACGCCGGCGAAAGUUGCUGCUUCAACCACAGACAAAUACAAUGUAUUCGCAGACGCAUUCAAAGAGGACCCCUUCUCAACUACUUCUCCAUUUAAUAGCAAUUCGAAUAGCAGCGACCCCUUCAAACCCAGUUCGGAGGACCCGUUCGGAGGUGCAACGACUGGUACCAAUGGAGUCCCAGAUGAUCCGUUCGGAGCCGGUGCCAAUGACCCUUUCAAAAGCAGUACAACAGAUCCUUUCGCUUCAAAAGCGUUUAGCAAUCAAUCAGAUACCACGUCACCUUUCAUUCAACAAUCAACUACCAAACCACAGACAGCAGCACCUAGCGAGGUUCUCUUCGAAGCUUUGUACGACUUCACGACGACAGACGAGGGAGAUCUCCCGUUCAAAGUGGGCGACAUAAUCAAGGCAUCGGCUGAACAGAAUUUAGAUGAGCCUUGGCUUGCAGGAUUUCUCAAUGGAGUGGGCGGGUGGUUUCCACAGAAUUACACCAAAAGAAUAGAAGAUCCUAGUUCUACCAGCGCGAAUUUGUCUGCAGCUCCGUCACACAAGACCUCAGUCGUGUCCAACUCACCUGCAGAUCUGUUUGUCAACAGUGCUAAUACAGCACCUUCAGACAACACCGACGCAGACAAUAGUACAGUGUGUCGCGUGAGGGCCAUCUACCCGUUUGAAGCCACUGCUGAAGGAGACCUUGGCUUCACUGCGGGCGAAGAGAUCUCAGUCACUUCCACAGAGGGCGACUGGUGGACAGGAUUUCUAUCCAGGGACCCCAGCUGCACCAAAGGCAUAUUCCCUUCUAACUUCGUCGAAGAGAUACCCAAUCCAUUCCCGACAUCUGCCAAUCCGAUGGCUUCCGGAGGGCUGACACAGCAACAACCAAUCGCGUCCACUCCACAGACCUUGUCUCUUCCGGGGACAGGAGACGCUGGCACAGAGGGUAAAGGGGGAGGUCAGGAGAUGGCGAGUGUGAUCGCAAAUUUCCAGGGAGACAGUCCGGAACAGUUGACCUUGAAUGAGGGUCAGGUAGUGAUUGUGAAGAAGAAGUUGCCCAGUGGAUGGUGGGAGGGACAGAUACAGGGUGAGAAAAGGAAAGGUUGGUUCCCGGGUGACUAUGUGCGAGUGAUAUCAUCUGGACUGACUCCGAUGCCAUCCGCUAAUUCGUCGCCAGAGCGAAAAGCUGACGAUGAUCGCGUCAGAGCCGUAUACGCAUUUUCCGCUGAGCGAGAAGACGAGCUUUCCUUCAAUGUCGGUGACGUCAUCAGCAUAAUCUCCCGAGACGAUCCUGAUUGGUGGAGAGGCGAAUUGAGCGGACGAAUGGGACUGUUUCCUGCCAAUUUUGUAUCACCUCUGGGUUCAUGAGUGCCGGAAAUGUAAAUUUUCACACGGACUGAUUAUUGUAACUACUAGGAACAUAUUUAUGAAGAAGACUUAUCUAUUGGCGAAUGAAAUUGUAGUACACUAUGAAAGUAGGACAGCCUUGUAUUCAUUUUUGAUACGCAAACAAUUGUUUUGAUAGCAUUGCAGUAUGUUAAGUUGUAUUUGAAGAUAGACGAUGUCAGAUAUUGUUUGGUUAUUUGUAAAAUUGCUAUGCAAGGAUAGAGUAUAAGAAUUAGUUUCACUUCACCUUAGCUUGGCUGCUGCUUUAUUUUGGUCAUUCGAGUAAAUACUUGACUAUAUAUUAAAAUUUAAUUUAAUAUAACAUUGAUUAAAAAUUGCUAACUCGUGUAUCUUAUGCCAUUUAAAUAAAAUUUAUAUGUUAGACGAAUAACUUUAUGACUUG